AUGAUGGCAGCAACAACAAGAAGUGCUGUAAUACCGAUAACGAUCUUCGUACUCAAUGUAAAAACGUCUCUUCCGAUGAUAAUUGGAGGUGGUUCUGUUGGUGUUGGUGGAGGCAAUGAUUGGGAUGGUGUCGAUGUUGGUGAUGGUGUCUGUGUUGGAAGUGGAAUGUAA